AUGGGAAAGCAGCGGAUGUCUGCGGUGGACAUCGCCGCUGAGGUGGCAUGCCUACGUCAGCGGUUGAUCGGUUUCCGAGUCGCCAAUCUAUACGACCUGAGUCCCAAGACGUAUGUGAUAAAGCUGGCGAGGAGCAGCGGUGUGUCGGAGAGCGGGCAGAGCGAGAAGGUGCUGUUGCUGCUCGAGAGCGGCAUGCGCUUUCACACCACCAACUUCGCCAGGGACAAGAGUGUGACGCCAUCAGGGUUCACCCUAAAGCUGAGGAAGCACAUCCGCACUCGCCGCCUCGAGGACAUUUCCCAAAUCGGAAUCGAUAGGGUGGUGGACUUCAAGUUUGGCACGGGCGAGUCAGCGCACCACGUGCUGCUGGAGCUGUACGCGGGGGGCAACGUUAUCCUCACUGACAGCACCUACUCCGUGCUCACUCUGCUGCGCUCCCACAGGGACGACGACAAGGGCAUAGCCAUCAUGCCCAACCACCCCUACCCCCUCUCCUCCCUCCGCCCCCUCACUCUCUCCUCCCCCUCCGCGCUCACCAAGGCGCUCCUGGGGGAAGCGCCAGUGGCGGGCGCGGAAGGCCAUGGGGGGGAGGCGGGGGAGGGGGAGGGCGAGGGGGAGAAGAGCAGCGGGGAUGGUGGGGGAAAGGGGGAGGGGGGGAGGAAGGGCGGUGAGGGGGAGGGCGGGGCGAGUGGGGGGGGAGGAGGGGCGGGGAAGGGGAAAGGUGGUAAGGCGGGGAAGAAGGAGAAAGGGGGGAAGAAGGAGAAGGGGAAGAAGGGGCAGGGAGGGGAGGGUGGGGAGUGUGCGGAAGGGGAGGAGGGGGCGUGGGAGGAGCGGGUUGGAGUGUUAAAGGAACGGUUGGGAUCGGUGCUGGGCUAUGGGUUGCCCAUUUCGAGUGGUAUGAUGAGGAAGGCUGGUUUGCAGGGCAAGGAGGAGGUGAUAGUAGCGAAAGUGGUGGCAGCAGCGAGUGCGUUUGAGGAAUGGCUCGUGAAUGUGACUCAAAUGAAGGUCAUUCCGAAAGGCUACAUCUUGCUACGUCGCGAGAAGCAGCAGCAGCAGCAACACCAGCAGCAGCAGCGACAGCAGCAGCAGCAGCAGCAGCAGCAGCAGCAGCAGCAGCAGCAGCCACAGCAGCCGCAUCGGAGGCGGCAGAGGGGGGAGAAGAAGCAGAAUUUCGAAGCCAAGAAAGCCGGUGAUGCAAGCGCGGCUGAGCCUAAAGGGGGAGAGGCGGACGGGAAAGAGCAGGCUGAUGGGCAGGGGGGAGGCGCAGGGAAGGGAGAGGGAGGGAGCGAGGAUAGGGAGGAAGAUGAUGUGGUGUAUGAGGAGUUCUGGCCCCUGGCCCUGCGACAACUGCAGCUUGCUGCAGGGGAGGUCGUUAGUGUGGGAGCAGGAGGAGGAGGAGAAGAGAAAGGAGAAGUAGAAGAGUCAGAAGCUGCAGGGGCAGCAGCAGCAGCAGCAGCAGGAGGAGAAGGAGGGAGGAAAGGAGGGAGGGAGAAGAGGGGGGCUGGCGGGGAGAGUAAGAGUCUUGCACUGCGUGAGUUUGAGACGUUUGAUGGCGCAAUGGACGAGUUCUUUGCGCGGUACGAGGGGCAGAGGGCCACGCAGCAGAGGGCGGCAGCAGAGAAGCAGGCGGCGAGCAAGCUGGAGAGGAUCAGAGCUGACCAGCAAAAGCGAGCGCAGCAGCUGCAGCAGGAGGUUGACGUGGCAGAGCACAAGGCGCGACUCAUCGAGCAGAACCUCGCUGACGUGGACGCCGCCAUCCUGGCGGUGCGCGAGGCGCUGGCGGGCGGCAUGGAUUGGCAGGACCUGGCGGCGAUGGUGAAGGAAGAGCGGCGCGCGGGGAACCCGGUGGCAGCGCUGAUAGCAGCGCUGCACUUGGACCGAGGGCGCAUUGCUGUGCUGCUCACCCCGCCUGAUCUGGAUGGCAUGGAGGAUGAGGAACGCACGGCUCCUGCUGCUCUGGUGGAGGUGGACUAUUCGCUGUCAGCGUACGCCAACGCGCGCAUGUGGUUCCAGUCGCGCAAGAAGCAGCAGGAGAAGCGCAACAAGACGGAGGCCGCGCACGAGACCGCGCUCAAGGCCGCCCAUGCCAAGACCUCCCAGCAACUCGCACAGGCGAAGGUAGCAGCGACGGUGCAGCACAUGCGCAAGGUGCACUGGUUCGAGCGCUUCCACUGGUUCAUCUCCUCCGAGAAUUAUCUGGUCAUCAGCGGCAGGGAUGCGCAGCAGAAUGAGAUGCUCGUCAAGCGCUACAUGCGCCGCGGGGACCUUUACAUACACGCAGACCUACAUGGAGCAGCAAGCACCAUCAUCCGCAACACAGACCAGCACGGUCUAGCACUCAUCCCCCCGCUCACCCUUGCACAAGCCGGUGCAGCCACCGUCUGCCUAUCCGCUGCCUGGGACUCCAAGGUGGUUACCAGUGCUUGGUGGGUGUACCCCAAUCAGGUCACUAAGACGGCGCCAACUGGCGAGUAUCUGACCGUUGGAUCGUUCAUGAUUCGCGGGAAGAAGAAUUUCCUGCCGCCCGUGCCGCUGCAGAUGGCGUUUGGGUUUGUGUUUAGGGUGGAUGAGAGCUGUUUGGGAGCGCAUUUGGGGGAGAGGCGCGUGCGCGGAGGGGGGGAGGAGGGGGAAGGGGGGGACGGGGGGACAGUGGCGAAGAGAGGAGGGGGGAAGGGGGGGGAGUCGGUUGCUGGCAUGGAUGCUGGGCCUGGAAACGGGGAAGUGGAAUGGGAGGAGGGGGUAUUGGGCGAGGAAGGAGAGGGAGAAGUGGUGGGUGUUUCUGCCGGCGCAGGGAUGGCAGAAGAAGGUAAGGAGGAGGUUAGGGAAGGGGAGUCGCAAGGAAAACAGGAAGCAGAUAAUGAGAAAGGAGCACCGGAGAAGGAAGAGGAGGAGAGGGAGGAGGAGGAGGAAGAGGAAGAGGUAGAGGAGGAGGAUAAGGAAGAGGAGGGAGAGGAGGAAGAGGAGGAGGGGGGACUGGAGGAUAUGCUUGAUGCGGUGCUGUCAGUUGGGGGAGCUGGAGGUACGGGCCGAGCCAAGAGAGGUUCGGGCUCAGGUGGGGAAAUGGCAAAGCAAAAGCAGGGAUUUGCAGGUGUAUCCUCUGCUCUUGAUAAGUAUGGGCUUGAGAAUGUGGGGGUGGUAGGGGAGGGGAGGGAGGAGGAGGAGGAGGAGGGGGAGGGGGAGGAUGGGGGUGAGAGGGAGAGGGCCGGAGGGGAUGGUGAUGGUGGGAGGGGAGGAGGGCAGAGGAGGGAGAGGGCGUAUGUGAGUCGGGCUGAGCGGAGGAGGUUGAAGAAGGGAGGGGGGAGAGGGGAAGGAGGCGGGGAGGGGCAGGAGGGGGAAGCAGGGGGAGGGGGGGGGGGAGUGGAGAAGAGGGAGGAAAUGGAGGAGGAGGCGGAGGAGGAGGAACAAGAGGAAGAGAUGGGGAGGGGAAAGCGUGGGAAGGGUGGGCGGAAAGGAGGGAGUGGGAAGAAGGGGGGAGAGGAGCAGGAGCAGGAACAGGAACAGACACAGGGGAGAGGAGAGAAGGGGGGUGUCGAGGCGGUGAAGGGAGCUAGGGGCAAGAGAGGGCAGAGCAAGAAGCAGCAGAGCAAGUAUGCGGAUCAAGAUGAGGAGGAGAGGCAGCUUCGACUGGCUUUGCUGGGGUCGGCAGGCAACAAGGAAAAAAAAGGGGCAGGCAAGGGCGGAAAGGGUGCUGCUGCAGCAGCUGCUGCUGCUGCUGCUGCUGCUCCCGGUGCUGCGAGUGGUGGGGGUGGGGGUGGCAAGGGCAAGGGUGCAGGGACUGCGUUGAGUGAGUUGGAUGGGAGGGGAGUGGAGAGGGAGAAGGGAGGAGAGGAGCAGAUCGAAGGGGCCAGUGCAACAGGAACAGCAGGAGGAGGGACUGGCGGGGCGACAGGAGAUGAUUCGGUACAAUCAGAGCUGACAAGUGUUGGGGAAAGCAAUGCACUUGCCAGUGGGGAAGAGCAGGGCGUGACACAGGAGGAGCUUCAACUGGAUUCGGAUGCAACAGGGAGGGAGGAGGCACGAGGCUCACGUGAAACCACAGGAAGCGGAGGAGCAGCAGCAGGAGAAAUGGAAUCGGAAGGAGGAAAGGGGGGAGGAGGAGAGAGAGAGGCAGGCGGUGGGGAGAAGCUGAGCCGGCGGGCACGGGCGCGGGCAGAGGAGGCGGAGGUGGAGGCGAUCUUAGCAGAGGAAGAGGUGGCGGAGGUGGGGGAGGAGGAGAGGGAGCGGCUGACAGAGAUAGACUCGCUCACAGGCAUGCCUCUACCCUCCGAUGUGCUGCUGUAUGCCGUGCCUGUGUGCGGCCCUGUGAAUGCUCUCGCAAAUUUCAAGUACCGGGUCAAGGUCACGCCAGGCCAUCUUAAGAAGGGCAAAGCUGUCAAGCAAGCAGUGGACCUCUUCUUGCGCUCGCCGGACCUGUCAGCGCGGGAGAGGGAGCUCAUUAAGGCUGUACCUCUCCCGGACCUGGUGUCUGCAAUGAUGUCCAAUGCUAAGAUCACGGCCCCGGGGCUCAAUAAGAUGGUCCGGGAUAAGAAAAAGGGAGGGAACGCCGGUAGCGGGGGAAGCAGCAGGAAGGGGAAGAACGGCGCGGGCAAGAAUAGCGGCAAAGGGGGGAGUUCCCGCAAGGGCAAGCAGCAAGGGGAAGUGCGCGCGUCAUCGGGAGCGCGGAGCGGCCAGUGUGACAUAUUCGAAGGUCAAUGGGUCGUUGACUUCGCGCGCCCGCCCUACGACGACUCCUGCCCCUACCUCUUCGGUCUGACGCGGUGCAAGCGCAAUGGCCGGCGCGAUUCGUCGUACGUGCGGUACUCGUGGUACUCCACGUCGUGCCGCCGCUUCAUCCGCUUCAACUCCAGGGGCUUCCUUCGCAUACUCGCCAAUCGCACGUUGGCGAUCAUCGGCGACUCCAUCGCCAUCGCCAACUUCCUCCCCGCCAUCCUCUGCCAGUUGCGCGCAGUCACCGCCGUCUCCGCGCCCACGCGCCACCUGCUUCCGCGCGGGCCGCUGGGGCAGCGCUCUCCGCAGCUGGACGCGCGGAUUUACCGCGUGCCCGCGGUCGGCGGGCGCAUCGUGGGGAUCUGGGACGACUAUCUCAUGCGCGUGACGCAGGACAAAUCAAUGCUGACGCGGCUGGUUCCGCGGUACAGCGCGGCGGAGGCAGGCCCGGAGGACGUGGCGAUCGACGUGCAGACGGCGAACCCGCAAUGGGCGGCGCUUCUGGGGGCGGUAGAUCUGGUGGUGCUGGAAACCGCGACGCACUGGCGCACGCUGCGCACGAAGAAGGCCUCCGCCAUGGCUAUUACGGGCCGCGACUGGCGCGUGCUGCCGGGGGUGGACGCGUACCAGGGGUACAGCAAGGCGAUGCAGACAAUACGGCGGCUGUUCGAGUCUCCGCGCGCCGCAGUCACGUCCUCCUCCUCCCCCAGCGCGCCCUCCUCGUUCUUCAAGGACGCGGAUGCCGCCGAUGCUGACGUUGACGACGGCGCUUAUGGUUACACGGAUGAGAUUGACGGUGAUGAUGAUGGCCAUGCGCGUGAUAGCAGCAGCGCGAGCACGCCUGCACGCGGCCUCGCCUCCACACCACCACAAGUACCAAUAUCAUCACUAUUAUCCUCAGAACAAGAAGUAGCAGCAGCAUCAUCGUCAGCAGCAGCAGCAGCAGCGGCGGCGGCGGCGGGCAGCAGGCGCGGCGGCCCUCUGGCGUUUUUCAUGACGGCGUCCCCGCAGCACAACGCCAAGAAGCUCGGCGGGCCGGGGCUCUGCGGCUCGCCCGGCCACGUGCUCACGCGGAAAGAGGUGCGCGCGCAAGGGGAGGGGGAUGCGGGCCCGCGGGGCCACACCUGUUUCUGCGUUGCACUUUCCUUCUUCCUACCUCUGAUAUCAUCAACUCUCCCUCCCCUCCUCCCUCCCCUCCUCCCUCCCCUCCUCCCUCCCCUCCUCCCUCCCCUCCUCCCUCCCCUCCUCCCUCCCCUCCUCCCUCCCCUCCUCCCUCCCCUCCUCCCUCCCCUCCUCCCUCCCCUCCUCACGACCCUCCUCACGACCCUCCUCACCGGCCCCUAUGCGACCGCCUCUUCCCCUAACCCGUCACCUUCCCCCUCUUCCCCCCAGGUAGCGCGAAUGGAGCGCAACAACGUGCAGCUGUCGCGCUUCCUGCCCAUGCAGCGCGCGGCCUUCCCCCCGGGGGGCGCGGUGCGCCUGCUGGACAUUGCGCGCAUCUCCGCCAUGCGCCCCGAGGCGCACGUGGGCAACUGGUCCAGCGCCACUGGCAAGACGCGCUACUUUGACUGUCUGCACUGGUGCCAGCCUGGCGUGCCGGACAUCUGGGCAGACCUAUUUUAUCACCAGCUGCUGCAGGAGCCCUCACUGCAACCCCCCCGCCCCUCCGCGCCCCCCUCUCCGCCCAAACCAUCAAAGCCCCCUCCUCGCCCUCCCACCAAAACCCCCUCCCCCACGCCCACCCGCUCGCCUUCCAAAUCACCCUCUCGCACUCCUUCUCGUUCGCCCAUGCCAUCCAAGUCACCCAGGCCAAAGGUACCCACCAGCAGCAAGCCUCCCCGCAAGCCCUCCCCUUCCCCCUCCCCCACCCCCAACCCCAUCCCCACCCCCAUCCCCACGCCCCGCCCACCACGCAAGAACAACCCAUCACCCCCCCGCAAGUCCCCUUCCCCCUCCCCCGCACUCUUCCCCCAGCCUUUCCCCCGCCCCUCACCCCGCCCUCUCCCCAAACCCUCCCCGCAACCACCCCCCAAGCUAAACCUUCAGCCCUUUCCUCGACCUUUCCCAAAGCCCACUUCCCCCCGACCCUCCCCCAAGCCUUCCCCCCAUCCCCCAAACCGCUCCCCACAGCCUGCGCCCAAGCCGUCCCCCAAGCCUUCUCCCAAGCCUGCCCUCAAGCCUGCCCCCAAGCCUUCCCCCAAGCCUGCCCCCAAGCCUGCCCCCAAGCCUGCCCCCAAACCUGCCCCCAAACCUGCCCCCAAGCCUGCCCCCAAGCCUGCCCCCAAGCCUGCCCCCAAGCCUGCCCCCAAGCCUGCCCCCAAGCCCUCGCUUAACCCCGCCCCUGAGCGCCCCCCCUCCCCCUCCUCUUCCCCCGAGCGCUCCAUGCGGCCUCGUGACCCCCCAUCCAUGGAUAACACCUCCCCUGGGAACAAGGGCGGGGGAGGGGGGAACGGGGGGGGAGGAGGGGGAGGAAACACAGGAGCGGGGGGGGGAGGGGGGAGCAGCACGCCGAAUCGCAUGAAACCUCGGGUAGACACACACUUGCAGGGGGGAGGGGGAGAAGGGAGUGGGGGGGCUGGAGGAUUGGGAGAGGGGGGACAGACAGGAGGGAGUGGAGGAAGGAUGAAGGGCACGAAGAUGAGUCCGAGUGGUGGUGUGGAGGGCAAGAGCGUUGAGAGCCAGGGAUGGGGCGAUGGAGCAGCAGGAGGUGAUGUUGAUGAUGGGUACGGUGCAGACGACAGUUACAGCAGUGGUUAUGGCGAUGAUUCUGAUGGUGGUAGCGGUACUGGUACCGGUGAUGGCAGCAGGGGAAGCAGUGCCACCAGCCAGGCAGCACCAGGUGCUUCUGCUGCUGCGUUUUCUGCUUCUGGUGACGAGUAUGAUGAUGGGGAUGGUUACAGUUUGGUGGCCAGCAGCACAGCCUUAAAGGGCGCCGCGACAUGCUCCGGCCUUCACUCACCAAGCUUCUUUCGAUUAACCUUUCACAGCUACUCGUGUCCCUCCUCCCACUUACCUUCCUCAUCCCAUAUCCGCCUCUCUCGGACCGCCUGUCUCUCUCCACCCCGCGCUUCCUCCGCUCCUAAUGCCGGCUCCCCUGCCGUCACCUCCCCGUCCUCCCCUCUCCCGCGCUCCGACCCUGCCUCGUCCGUUUCUCAGUCUUCCACUGCGCUACAUCCGGCCGUCCAUCGCCCCUGUUCUGUCCCUUUCGUCCUCUCGCCCUCGGACCUCUCCUCCGCAUCUUCCGCCGCGAAUCUCUCCAUAGAAGACUACAUAUGCCGUUAUCUCCUGCAACCUGCUACGGACCGCGCUCGGCCUCCCAUUUCGCGUUUUCACGUCUCCGCGAUCGCAAUAGGCGCUAAGACGGACCGCGCAUUCCUGGGAGUGAAUCUUGAGUUCCCCGGCUUGCCUCUCCAUAACUCUGUGCACGCCGAGCAGUUCGCCGUAGCUUCCGCCGCAUUGCACGGCGAGCCCGCGCUCUCCGCGCUAUUGGUCUCGCGCCCUCCCUGCGGCCAUUGCCGGCAAUUCCUGCAAGAGCUGCGCGGGGCAGAGGGCCUGCGCGUGAUUAUAGCGGAGGAGGCGGAGGAGGCGGAAGAGACGACCCUCACGCAUUUGUUGCCGCAUCGCUUCGGCCCUCACAGUCUCCUAGCCGACGAUUUCCCGCUACUGCUGGAGCAGCGAGACAACGGCCUGCAGCUAAUCGAUCCUUUCGACGCGCCCUCACCGUUGGAUUUCAUGCUGGUGCCUCCACUCGCCCGCUCGUUCUCCUCCGCUUCCCCACCCGCUAUCGAGUCUGCAGCUGCAGCAGCUGCCUCCGCCGGUUCUCCCGCUGUGGUUCUCUCCACUUCUCUCGGGCAGGAAGCUGUGUUGCGAGCUCUAGACGCUGCCAACGCGUCCUACGCUCCCUACAGCCUCUCGCCCUCUGGAGUAGCGCUUAUAUCGAGGACAGGAACGGUGCAUGCAGGGUCUUAUAUCGAGUCCGCUGCGUACAACCCAAGCCUUCCAGCGCUGCAAGCGGCUUUAAUAGCGCUGGUGGCGGAAACGGGAGGGGAGGGGGCGUACGAAGAUGUGGUGCACGUGGCACUUGUUGAGAAGGAGGGGGCGCAGGUGCGGUUUGACUCGAUAACGGCGCUGUCUGUAGCGCGGAUAGCUCCACAUGCGACCUUCUCGCUGCAUUUGGCAAGAGAUACCCACCAGGCGACGGCGGUGGACAGGUGA